CAUCGGCUGAAGUUGCUGCUACAUUUUGGACGGUACUGGUGACUUGGUGCCUUUUCCCCCUUGACUUUACCCGGCACCCCGCAUGGUGCUUUUCCCAUCUUGUUGACUAGAGAAGAUGAAGUCUUCAAUACACUCUGAAGAGGAUGAUUUUGUUCCAGAACUACAUAGAAAUGUUCACCCUCGAGAGCGGCCUGAUUGGGAAGAAACACUUAACGCAAUGGCAAGAGGAGCAGAUGUUCCAGAAAUCCCUGGAGAUCUUACUCUUAAGACUUGCGGCAGUGCAGCAAGCAUGAAGGUUAAACAUGUGAAGAAGUCCACCACUCCAGGACUGAUGGGCUGUGACAACAUCCACAGGUUACCCUUCACGAAGGGACACUUUCCGAAGAUGGCUGAAUGUGCACAUUUUCAUUAUGAGAACGUUGAAUUUGGCAGCAUACAGCUUUCACUUUCAGAAGAACAGAAUGAAGUAAUGAAAAAUGGCUGUGAAUCUAAAGAGCUGGUCUACCUCGUGCAAAUUGCCUGUCAGGGUAAAAGUUGGAUUGUUAAAAGAAGUUAUGAAGAUUUUCGAGUACUUGAUAAACAUCUUCAUCUGUGCAUUUAUGACCGGCGAUUCUCCCAGCUCUCAGAGCUUCCCCGCUCUGAUGUCCUAAAGGACAGUCCUGAGUCUGUUACUCAGAUGCUCAUGGCUUACUUGUCACGCCUUUCAGCUAUUGCUGGCAACAAGAUCAACUGUGGGCCUGCCCUAACAUGGAUGGAGAUUGACAAUAAGGGCAACCAUCUUCUAGUUCACGAGGAGUCGUCCAUCAACACUCCUGCUGUUGGUGCUGCCCAUGUUAUUAAGAGGUACACCGCUCGGGCCCCUGAUGAGUUAACAUUAGAGGUGGGAGACAUCGUUUCUGUUAUUGACAUGCCCCCCAAAGUGCUAAGUACAUGGUGGAGAGGCAAGCAUGGGUUUCAGGUGGGACUCUUCCCUGGUCAUUGUGUUGAGUUAAUUAAUCAGAAAGUUCCCCAGUCAGUGACCAACUCAGUGCCAAAACCAGUGUCUAAAAAGCACGGCAAGCUCAUUACUUUCUUAAGAACAUUCAUGAAGUCGCGUCCAACAAAACAGAAGCUAAAGCAGCGGGGAAUCUUGAAAGAAAGAGUAUUUGGUUGUGACCUGGGGGAGCACCUUCUGAAUUCUGGUUUCGAAGUGCCCCAGGUUCUUCAAAGCUGCACAGCAUUCAUUGAGAGGUAUGGCAUUGUGGAUGGAAUAUAUCGUCUCUCCGGAGUUGCCUCCAAUAUACAGAGACUACGCCAUGAAUUUGAUUCUGAGCAUGUCCCCGACCUGACAAAAGAGCCUUAUGUUCAAGACAUUCAUUCUGUGGGUUCCCUCUGUAAGCUCUACUUCCGAGAACUCCCAAACCCUCUGCUCACUUACCAGCUAUAUGAGAAGUUUUCUGAUGCUGUUUCAGCAGCAACAGAUGAAGAAAGGUUGAUAAAAAUCCAUGAUGUCAUCCAGCAGCUUCCCCCACCACACUACAGAACACUGGAGUUCCUGAUGAGACACUUGUCUCUUCUAGCGGACUAUUGUUCCAUCACAAAUAUGCAUGCAAAAAACCUCGCCAUCGUCUGGGCACCAAACCUGCUCAGAUCAAAACAGAUAGAGUCAGCCUGCUUCAGUGGCACAGCGGCUUUCAUGGAAGUGAGAAUUCAGUCUGUGGUUGUCGAGUUCAUCCUCAAUCAUGUUGAUGUGCUUUUCAGUGGCAAAAUCAGUGCGGUCAUGCAGGAAGGGGCAGCUUCUCUGUCAAGGCCCAAGUCCCUGCUGGUAUCUUCUCCAUCUACCAAGCUGCUGACCUUGGAGGAAGCCCAGGCACGAACACAAGCUCAGGUCAAUUCUCCCAUUGUUACUGAAAAUAAGUACAUUGAAGUAGGGGAAGGACCUGCUGCUCUUCAGGGGAAAUUUCAUACCAUAAUUGAGUUCCCACUUGAAAGAAAGAGGCCUCAGACUAAGAUGAAAAAAUCUCCUGUGGGCAGCUGGCGUUCCUUUUUCAACUUGGGGAAGUCAUCUUCUGUCUCUAAAAGGAAGCUGCAGCGGAAUGAGAGCGAGCCCUCGGAGAUGAAGGCCAUGGCUCUGAAAGGUGGCAGGGCAGAAGGAACCCUCCGCUCAGCUAAAAGUGAGGAGUCUCUUACUUCUCUCCAUGCAGUUGAUGGUGAUUCCAAGCUGUUCCGGCCUAGAAGACCCCGAUCCAGCAGUGAUGCACUGUCUGCCUCUUUCAAUGGAGAAAUGCUGGGGAACCGCUGCAAUUCCUAUGAUAACCUGCCCCAUGACAAUGAGAGCGAAGAGGAUGUGGGGCUGCUCCACAUUCCAGCUCUUGUGUCUCCUCAUUCUGCUGAGGAUGUUGACUUGAGCCCACCAGACAUUGGAGUGGCCAGCUUGGACUUUGAUCCAAUGUCAUUUCAAUGUAGCCCUCCUAAGGCUGAAUCCGAGUGUCUAGAGAGUGGUUCUUCCUUUCUAGAUUCAUUAGAAUAUUCCAAGGAUAAACCAGGCACCAAUAGGAAAGAUGUAGAAGCAGUUGGUAGCCAGUCCCAGACUCCAGGGAGCACUGCAAGCUCUGAACCUGUGUCUCCAGUCCAGGAGAAACUGAGUCCAUUCUUUACCCUGGACUUGAGCCCAACAGAAGACAAGUCAUCUAAGCCAUCUUCAUUUACGGAAAAGGUCGUUUAUGCUUUCUCUCCAAAGAUAGGACGGAAGCUAAGCAAAUCGCCUUCCAUGAACAUAUCUGAGCCAAUUUCAGUGACUCUUCCACCUCGGGUGUCAGAAGUCCUUGGUACCAUCUCUAAUACCAUAGCUCAAAAUGCAUCGCCUCCAUCUUGGGACAAGAGUGUGGAAGAAAGAGAUGUCACAAAUAGAUCCCCCACCCAGAUAGUAAAGAUGAAAACAAGUGAGAGAGAGGCACAAGAAGGAUGUGAACCUGAAGUCCAGCCCCUGGAACAGGUGGCUGCUGAAGAAGUAGAGUUGCCAGGGAAAGAGGAGCAGCCUGUCUCGAGCAGUCAGAGUAAGGCUGUAGCUUCUGGACAGACUCAGACAGGAGCAGUUACCCAUGACCCCCCUCAGGAUCCCGUUCCUGUCAGUUCAGUCUCUCUUAUCCCACCACCACCGCCUCCGAAAAAUGUCGCCCGAAUGUUGGCAUUAGCAUUAGCUGAGUCUGCACAGCAAGCCUCAACUCAGACACUGAAGAGACCAGGGACUUCCCAGACUGGGUAUACUAGUUACGGAGACUUGGCAGUGGCUACAGUUGAAGAGACAUCACCUAGUUCCCACUCUAGUGUUACUCUAGAUAACACUUACUUCCAGACUGAUCGACCAGCAGAGCAGUUCCACCUCCAGAGCAAUGGACCAGGAAAUUGCAGCCAGCCUCUCCCAGAGACAGCAGUUACUGGGGAUCCCACCCAUUCCAACACAACUGAAUCUGGAGAACAGCUCCACCAGGUAGACUUGCCAGGGAAUAAGCCACAUCGAAACCAUUUCUCUGGGGACCCAGACAAGGCUAGAAUCACUUCAGCUCCCUUAACAGACUCAGAGAAGUUUGAUAAUCAUGGAAGUUUCCUUGAAGACCAGGCUGGGAAGACCAACAUGCCCACUGUCUCCUUUGUGGAGCAGGACAAGUCUUCACCUCAUCUCUGCAGUGUAGAUCAGACUUCCUCUUACUUCUGUGCAAAUGUGGAUAAAUCCCAUCACUCCUUAGAACUUGCAGACAAAUCUCCCAUGCCUUCUAAUUUGCCUCGGGACAAAGUUUCCCCUUUUCCUGAGUCCCCUGAAGAGAAUGCCAGCACACCCACCAUGGCUUAUAUGACAGCAACUCCAGCAACAGCUGAAAUGAACAUCAGAGAUGCCAGCCGGACCAUGGCUGAACAGCCUGCUGCUGCUGAUUUUGCGGCUGCCACCCUUCAACGCACCCACAAAACUAAUCGUCCUCUUCCCCCACCUCCUUCCCAGAGGCCAGCAGAGCAACCACCAGUCGUGGGACAGGUACAAGCAGCACCAAGUGUAGGAUUAAAUAAUUGCCACAAGGUUCAUGGUGUAGUUCCAGCUCCAGAGAGGCAGCCUGAAUCUGGAGCCAUAGGUGAUCCUGCACCCAUCUUUGUCAGCGAGGGCAGUGCCACUGCUCAGUGUCCCAUGGCCACUUCUGCUGCCCAGCCAGGACUGCCUGAGAAAGUACGGGAAGGCACCAGGGCUCCUUUGCUCCACCUGCGUGCUGAGUCAUUUCCUGGCCAUUCCUGUGGAUUUGCCGCCCCAGUGCCACCAACAAGGACAGUGGAGAGCAAGAUGGCUGCUGCCAUGCACUCCAACAGUGCAGAUGCCACCAGCAGUUCCAGUUAUCAUUCCUUUGUCACUGCUUCAUCAGCCUCAGUGGACGAUAUGUUGCCUUUGCCACUUCCCAUCCCACAGCCUAAGCAUGCAUCUCAGAAAGUAGCUUAUCCUUCCUUUGCUAGGCCUGAUGGCAUCACUGAGCCUUUUGGUCCAGAAAACUGUUUGCAUUUCAGUAUGACUCCAAACUGCCAGUUCCGUCCCCAGAGUGUACCUCCACAUCACAAUAAGUUGGAGCCACACCAGGUGUAUGGUGCCCGAUCAGAGCCACCAGCCUCCGUGGGUCCUCGUUAUAAUACCUAUGUGGCCCCAGGAAGAAACCUGCCUGGACACCACUCCAAGCCCUGCAGCCGGGUAGAGUAUGUCUCUUCUCUGAGCUCCUCGGUUAGGAGUGCUUGUUACCCUGAAGACAUUCCACCAUACCCCACCAUCCGGAGGGUGCAGUCCCUCCAUGCCCCGCCACCGUCCAUGAUCCGCUCUGUUCCCAUUUCACGGACAGAAGUUCCCCCGGAUGAUGAACCAGCCUUCUGCCCAAGACCCCUGUACCAGUAUAAGCCAUAUCAGUCCUCCCAGGCCCGCUCAGAUUAUCAUGUAACUCAGCUUCAGCCUUACUUUGAGAAUGGACGGGUCCACUACCGUUAUAGCCCCUACUCCAGUUCCUCAAGUUCCUAUUACAGUCCCGACGGGGCUUUGUGUGAUGUUGAUGCCUACGGCACAGUCCAGUUGAGGCCCCUCCACCGCCUCUCCAGUCGUGAUUUUGCUUUCUACAAUCCUAGGCUGCAAGGGAAGAACCUGUACAAUUAUGCUGGUUUGCCUCCUCGCCCAAGGGCCAGUAUGACUGGAUAUUUCUCUGGUAAUGACCAUAAUGUAGUCAACAUGCCCCCAACUGCUGAUGUGAAGCACACCUACACCUCAUGGGACCUAGAGGACAUGGAAAAGUACCGCAUGCAGUCCAUCCGGAGAGAGAGUCGUGCGCGCCAGAAGAUGAAAGGGCCUGUCAUGUCGCAGUAUGACAACAUGACACCAACUAUGCAAGAUGACUUGGGAGGGAUCUAUGUCAUCCAUCUGCGCAGUAAAUCAGAUCCUGGGAAAACUGGACUUCUCUCAGUGGCAGAGGGGAAAGAGGGACGGCACCCAGCUAAGGCUGUCAGUCCUGAGGGAGAUGACCGCUUCUGCAGGAAGCAUCCAGAACCCGAGUUCAACAGAGCCCACCACCAUGGAGGGUACAGCAACACACAGGUAGAAAAGCCGUCCCUCCCACAGAAGCAAAGCAGCCUUAGGAACAGAAAGCUUCAUGAUAUGGGUUGUAGUCUCCCUGAGCACAGGGCACAUCAGGAAGCAAGCCAUAGGCAAUUAUGUGAAUCAAAAAAUGGACCAUCUUACCCCCAGGGAGCUGGCCAGUUGGAUUAUGGGCCCAAAGGGAUGCCAGACACUUCUGAGCCAGGCAGCUACCAUAACUCUGGAGGGAAAUAUAUCACAGCAGGGCAGGAAUCUCUCAGACUAAACCACAAGGAAGUAAGGCUCUCCAAAGAGCUGGAACGGCCUCGAACCAGGCAGCCACCUGCCCCUGAGAAACACUCCAGAGACUGCUACAAGGAGGAGGAACAUCUCACUCAGUCCAUGGUCCCACCUCCCAAACCAGAGAGGAGUCACAGCCUAAAACUCCAUCACACCCAGAACCUGGAGAGGGACCCCGGCAUGUUAUACCAGUACCAGAUACAUGGCAAGCGCCAGAGCAAUAUGACUGUUGUGUCCCAGUAUGAUAACCUGGAGGAAUACCACUCCCUGCCCCAGCACCAGCGAGGAGGCUUUGGAGGGGGAGGCAUGGGGGCCUAUGUGCCCUCUGGCUUUAUCCAUCCCCAGAGCAGGACAUAUGCCACAGCAUUGGGUCAGGGGGCCUUUCUGCCCACAGAGUUGUCGUUGCCGCAUCCUGACACACAGAUCCAUGCAGAAUGAGCCCCGGGAGCAAUAGAGUUGAAGCAGCCUCUGCUGGACAGUGGACUGUUCUAUUUUUUUCAAUAACCAAAAAGAUUUAAAAAAAUGCUACAAACCCCCUGAUCACAUUAAAGAACCCCAAUAAAAGUAAACAGAUUGCCACCUUACCCCCCUCCCCCAUUACCACCUCGCCCAUCUAUAGACUGUGUCGUUUGUCUUUAAAAGAGAUCUGAAAGAUUGUAAAGCACUGUGUUGAAAGCCUAGUAAAGAAAUUUGUCACAGA